AAUAAAUAAAUAAAUAUUAGACAAGAUAGACUAAGCGUCAGGAUUUGUUUAUGGCAACAGUAGUACUGCGUCCGUGCGCAGAAUCAAUGAAGUAGUUGGAUAGAACACAACCCAAAAAUAACCCGAAUUAAUUCGAAUUAAACUAAGUCUAAAUGUUUAGAACUGGAUUAUACACAUUCUGCACCUAAUAUUACACUUUAUUUAAAGUUAAUUUCCUUUCUAUAGGUAUAUAUGUAAUAAAUACUGGAAGAACAGCAGCCCUGGUUCCAGCUCUGGCUCUUGGCUGAGUAAAAUAUAGUGUUACCAGAACUUUAUCCGGAGCUCCGCUCUGACUCUUGCUUGGCGAGGCGCGGAGGACAGGUCAGUCCGGGCGUGGUCAGCUCGGCUGUGGGCAGGCUGAGCCGGGUCAGGCCGGGCGCUGAUGUGUGCUGUGUGGCCGGUGCGGAGCCUACCUGAUGCAGGUGAGUGUGGAGCCCGUCCGGCUCCCGCAGGCCGGCUCUGUCUCCUCACAGCAGUGCCAUGGCGCCUUCAGCACCACUUACGGAGCAAAAUUGGAGAAACGCCCGGCGGAGCCUCAGCGCGCUUCCCCAUGGAGGAGGCUGAAGAUCCGGCAUCUCGUCCCGGCCACUACCAUGAGCUCCAGCCGCGACAGGGACCAGAGCCUGAAGAAAAAGCUCCUGAAAGAACCCGACAGAUACAUUUGCUCAGUUCCUGUCCAGCUCACCCGGAGUGUUGACAGAGGCCUAUCGAGUGACCAAAGCGUCUCGGCGUGCUCGAGCUCCUCCGCUGGUGGCGCCAGCCCAGUGAGCCGCCUCACCUCCUGUUCGGGCAGCGCUGGCUGUGCCACGGGCUUCUCCACCGAACACAGCUCCAUUUACUCCUGGAGAUACGAUGAGUUUGACCGGGUGAACACUCGGCGUGUGAGGCAGCUCUUCAGCGCGCUGGACGAUCUCCUGUAUGAAGGGAAGCUGAGCAGUAAAUCUGAGACCCUGCAGAAGGAGUGUGAGGAAUGGAACACACACUCUCCACACCUCAGGAUUUUAGGCAAUCAGCUGGAGCCUCCGAAACAGGAGGGGGUGCAGUAUAUCCACAGAAGAGCCACCAGUGCUGGGACUGUUCUGUCACCUCCCUGUCUGGACAAGAGAGAAGAUCACAGCGAGCUGUGUGUGGAGGGCCACAGACUAGCCCCGGGCCCCUGGGCUAAUCGGCUGCCUCUUUCCGAGCUCUCUUUUUCUCCCAUCCAGGACGAAGAGGAAGUCUAUGAGGUGGAGGGAAGGAUUGAGGAAUUCCUCGCUUAUGAUGGAAAAGAAACGGAGAAUGAGGGGGUGGAUCAGAGGAAGGUCUCAGCCGUGGCCUCGAGGGACGGGGUACCCCCAGUGUCCCCCAAAGCCUGCAUCCGUGACGCGGUGGCUGACGAGCUUUUUGACGAUGUUUGGCGGGAUGUUGUGGGCCUAUUGGAGGAGCUCUUGCGCAAACACUGGGAAAAGCAGCACUCUGGUGGACUGGCACAGGGAAGGACACUGGAGAGCUCCAGCCAAGUUUUGUGUGAACCUUCAUCUCAGCUUUCAUCGAGGGGACAUCACAUGUCUCCCAGCCGCGGCCCAAACAGCAGGAGCAUGUUCCUGUGGGCCAACAGCAAUAAUGUGCAGGACUCAAGUGUGUUCAAGAUUAAUUUAAACGGCGUUAUGACAAUCCAGGCAAAGCCUCUGCAACAGAGACAGCAGGGAUUUGGUGAAAGGUCUCUGUGUGACUCUGUUGAUGAUGGAUCCGGCAUGCUGGCGUGUGUGAAGACCCAGGGCCAACGAGGGUCGACUGCACUCGGACACAAACCUGCAGUUCAGCGGACGCUCCCCAGGCUCAGCGGCAGGGCCCGACCGCGCCAUAACCUCCCAGUCCAAAGCACACAAGUCCUACGAGGAACCAGACUAUCCACUGUGGCCGAGGACCUUCUCUCGUCACCUGCGAGUGCAGUUCCUAACCACAGGCUUCCACUCAUCCACGCUGACUCUACAGAGCAGGACUGUACUGUUCCUCCUCCCAGACAGACACAGCUCAGAGGGAGGAUCAUAAGAGGUGGAGUGGCCAGUGCCAUGCAUGUAGCGUCCAGCCUGCCACCUCUGAGGGAGCCCACGUUACUGCUGGAGUCCUUAUCUCGGCCCAACACCACACACACAUUCAGAUCGGACACGCCCCUAAAAAGUUCUCUGACUCCCAUGGACUUCGCCUGUAAUAUGAGGAUAGGGAGAGGCCUUCCCCUGGGCGACUUCUCCAGAACAGGUCACGGCACAUCUAUGGGUGUGACCGGCUUCAGCAUUACCUGUUCGGUGGGCAACGGCUUUUCUGAGUGUGCCAUGCCUGCAAAGAGACGCACCCAGCUGCUCUCCUCCACUGAUGGGGAGGGUAGAAAUACACCUCUGCUCGGGUCUAUAGGUCCUCGAAAGGUACUGAGUCGGUUUCCAGUCCCGGCGAGGAAGAAGCUUCAGGUGGUAAUGCCAUAGCGCAGCUGAGGAGCGUUUACAAUGCUGUAGGACACUACAGAGACAGUCUGCAAAUACUGAAUACUGAUUGAUCAUUUGGUGCUGUUUUUCCUCAAACAUAACAGUAUGAAUAUUGGUUGCACUGAUUGAUUUUACACAAUAUGUAUAAAGAUAAAAUGUAGGGGAGAGCCGGACACAAUUCAGGAUCACAUGUAAAAUAUAUAAUAUAUAAUAUAAUAUAACAUGGUUAUUUUAUGUAGUUUAAGAAACAUUCACAGGAUUCAGCUGAGAGCAAAGUAUUUUUUACAUUUUUCGACCAUAAAAAUAAGUAAAUACAAAAAAAAAAACCCUGACAGGCCAAAACAUUAUAACCAUAUGAAGAUUAAAGCAAAUUAUGUUGAUUAUCUUCUAACAGCAGUGUAUAUCAUUUGCAGAUGUGGUCCAAUUUAAUAUGACCAGAUGAUUCUUCAUAAUGUUCAUCAAACACGGACAUUCCAAUUAUAAUGGGACAAGUAUUGUCUCCCAUGACUUUUGCCAUAUCUUGCCAUAUCAUAUGGAGGCUAAAGAGCACUGCACUGACUCAUGGGAUAUGAAUGUGAGGCCUCAUGUACUGAAUGUGGAUGUGAUUUCUACGAUAGUUACUUUUCACACAUGGACAAUUCUUACCAGACACCGCCAGUUUCGAUCAUCACCACCCACUGAUAUUAUGGAUCAAUUAACAUACUACUCUCCCAUGACUUUUGGCACAUCAUUGUUUUUAGGUGGGAAGGCUUAGCUGGUUUAAACAGAUUUUUUGUUAUAUUAAUUUAGCAUAUCAUCACAAACAUGUGAUACCAUACAUCAGAAUGUGUUACGCUGUGCCCUGCUCUCCCCCACACAAAGCUAACAGUUUUGAGGGAUAAAUGGUGAGAUUAAAACAUGAAACAUGGUUAUUUUCUGAUACACACACAUGUUGAAUGCCAAAUCUC